AUGCCAACUAGUAGCGCACAACCAUCGCGACCCCUUGCUGCUCAUGAGAAGCAUUUCUUGUCCCGUAGUCGAAAAGGACUACCUACCAUCGUCGCGCUGGGUACUGCAUACUGUUCCUCUACACAGGCACCGACGAGAGCAUUCUUAGCUGGUCGUAUUGGAGAGCUUCAAGCUCACUUCCCUACGCUGUAUGCCCAGUUCGGCUAUGGACGAGGGGACAUGGUAGCGACCAGGGAGGAGGGACCUUGGUCAGCUACAAUGAUCAUCCAAGACGAUCAGUACUCGGCCGACAGCGAUACUGAAGGAGAUGUGUUUACAAAGCUCCUCUUGGACGAAGGCAACCGCAUGAGCCGAAACGUUUCUUCUCGAGACGAUGGUCCUCUCUGGCGAGUUGGCGUCCACACCCACCCUUUGCGCCCCCGGGUGUAUAUCACCCUUACUCUGGACCACGUUCUCGCCGAUGGUCAUGGGGUUCUCAAUCUCCUCCAAGCCCUCCUUGCGCCCUCUAUAGCAGAUCUUCCUUAUGAGCGUGUGGAGGACAUUCCCAGCAUUGAGGACACCGUCGACGUUGCCCCUCCAGCCGCAGCUGACCGUCAGGGUGAACCGCCGAGCCCAUAUAUCUGGCCGAGUGUUCCACCCAAGAUCAUGUUAUCGCAGGCUACUCCGUCAGCAUCCAUCUUUUCACUUUCCGUGGAAGACCUGUCGCUAUUGAAGGCGGCCGCCAAAGCCCACGGUGUACCCACCCUACAUCCUGUACUCAAGACAAUCUAUUCGUUCGCACUCUGGUCGGUCUAUCGGCUGGACUCCCCUUCUCUCCGCCUCGCCUCAUCGACCCCUCGGUCUGAGCGAAACCUCGCUCUGGGCCACGCAUAUUGUACGGGCAACUAUGUCUGCGCGCACAAGUUUGACAUUAGCAUCUAUGAAGGCCAAAACUUCUGGUAUGUCGCCAGGCGAGUACUGGAGCAGAUUGCCGAUCCGGUCGACUUGGCUCGCGCUCGGGCUGCCAGCGGUCCUCAGCCACCACCCCAGCCCAAGCCUUUGGGUAUACCUGCGCCUUUCACGCAAUCAUUCUCCUUUUCCAACCUCGGCCUUUCCAGUCUCCCUUCAGGUGCCGACGACAUGUCUUGGCUGGUGGUUCCCACAGAGAACGGUAAAGGUCCGCUGUCAGUCAUGGUCAUUGGGUUUGAACGGGGUUUGCGAGUGUGUACGACGUGGAGGGACGGAGGGGCGGUAGAGAUCAAAGAGGUGAAGGAGGUGGAGAGGAUAUUCAUGAGGGUGGUGAGGCGGCUGAUAGAAGGAAAGGACCUAGCAGACGAGCUGAUUGAAUGA